AUGUCCGGACCGAGUUCCAUUCAUUCCGGAGUCGCUAAAUCUAUAGCAUACCGAUCUCUCAACACCAUUGAAUCAUUCGAACUUUCCAUGGUCAUCCCCUUCGACGAGCUCAACGCCAUCCCUGAAAUAUUCACGGAACUCGAGGCCCUCUCAGACGCGCCUAACCUACGAGAAAUUUCCAUCUCUCUCAACCUCCAGCCUCAGCAUCGCUUCCCCCCAGGGGUUUUAUUUGCGCUCGAUAAGCUACUUACUGGACCCGGGUUCCGACAACUUGACAGAGUUGAAUUUCAUGUCAGCACCUACGGGCCAGAGGGCCACCAGUUUCGAGAAGCGAUGGAGAAGAUUUUUGAGGAAGAAUUUCUAGGUCUUUCUCAAAGUCCGCUCCGGAAUUUUAGGAAUUCCGUGACCAUCCAAGGAUCCGGAUUGGGGUUGGCAGGCGGUGAUUUCGACGGCGACAAUGUUUUUGUUUAUAUGUAUGACGAUUUAGAAUAG